UGUUGUGGCUAUCUCUCACAUGGAGUCCCAAAACCACCAAAUCCCUCCUCAUUCCCUUCCCAAUCCAACACCGCAACCCAGUUUCCCGGCCAAAGUUGCCCACCAGCUGAAACACAAUCUCAUUUUCCGGUCCAAAUGGGCCGAGUUGAACGGUGCAAUAGGCGACUUAGGCACCUACAUCCCAAUCGUAGUGGCCUUAACACUAGCCAGAGACUUGAACUUGGGCACCACAUUGAUCUUCACCGGAGUCUACAACAUCAUCACCGGAGCCAUCUACGGCGUUCCCAUGCCGGUCCAACCCAUGAAGGCCAUUGCCGCCACAGCCCUGGCCAACCCGGAUUUCGGCGUGCCCGAGAUCAUGGCCGCCGGAAUCAUCACCGGCAGCACCCUCAUCGUUUUGGGUGCCACCGGUUUGAUGCAACUUGUCUAUAAACUGAUCCCUUUGUCUGUCGUCAGGGGAGUUCAACUAGCACAGGGACUGUCAUUUGCGUUGACCGCGGUCAAGUACAUCAAGAAGAUCCAAAACCUGCCCAAAUCCAAAACCAUGGGGGAGAGGCGCUGGUUAGGGCUAGAUGGGUUGGUGUUGGCUAUUGUUUGUCUCUGUUUCAUAGUCUUUGUUAAUGGUGCAGGUGAGGAAAGUCGCUCAGUGAAUGAAGGUGAAGUUGAGGAUGAAGAAGAAACACCUUGCAGAAAAAAGAGGUGGAGGGGAAUCAUAGCUUCACUACCUUCAGCUUUUCUGAUAUUUGUGUUGGGUGUGAUUCUGGCUUUUAUAAGGAAGCCAAAAGUUGUGCAUGAAAUUAGUUUCGGGCCAUCCCCCAUGGAGGUUGUGAAGAUCAGUAAGCAUGCAUGGAAAGAUGGGUUCAUCAAAGGAGCAAUUCCACAACUGCCGCUGUCAAUAUUGAACUCAGUGAUUGCUGUGUGCAAAUUGUCCUCUGAUCUUUUCCCAGAGAAAGAUUUCUCUCCCUCAUCGAUUUCGAUCACGGUUGGGCUGAUGAAUGUGUUGGGUAGUUGGUUCGGAGCCAUGCCCAGUUGUCACGGAGCCGGCGGGUUGGCCGGUCAGUACAAGUUUGGGGGGAGGAGUGGUGGGUGUGUGGCACUACUAGGGUCAGCCAAACUGGUGCUGGGUUUGGCUUUAGGGACUUCUUUGGUGACCAUAUUGAACCAUUUCCCAGUUGGAGUUUUGGGGGUGUUGCUCUUGUUUGCUGGGAUUGAACUGGCCAUGUGUGCUAGGGACAUGAAUACUAAAGAAGAGGCCUUUGUGAUGCUUCUUUGUACUGCUGUUUCACUAGUUGGUUCAAGUGCAGCACUAGGAUUUGUGGUGGGGAUGGUUGUGUAUGUGCUUCUUUGGCUAAGAAAGUUGGGCUGCAAUGACAAACCUAAUUCUGUGAUUUGGAUGCAUAAUCCCUAGUCGAUCAUCAUAAUGUUGCAUGGUGUGGCUAGACUUGUAUGUGCUUCAAAUAUGUUUGCUUUUAUGGUGCAAUAAAUU